AUGUCUCCUCGAUCCCCUCGACCACCACACAACCGUACAUCUCAUGAGGACGAGAGCGCAGGUCAUCGUGGCCAGCAAUCCCAGCCGCAACCAGUGCCAGCACAAAAUGGCACGCCGCAACACAGCUUCAGCGUGGAUCCGGCCUUCCCACGCCUUCCUGACACUGCCAUCGAAUCAUCGCCGACCGCUGACACGCGGUUGGACGAAGGCGAGCAGAAGAUGACGUACGCGAAACUCAUCUACAUCGCACUCCACAGCACAGAAACAAAGGCAAUGGGGCUAGGCGAACUCUACCAUUGGUUUGAGCAAAACACCAGGAGAGCCAACAAGGGAGGCGAAGGAUGGAAAAACAGCGUUCGUUCGAACCUGAGCGUAAACAAGGCCUUCCAACGAGUGGAACGUAAAGGCUCCCUCUGGCAGCUCGCGGAGGCAGGGUUGACGGAAUUCCAACCAACGCUGGGCGCUACCUCCACUGGCCCUACUGCAGCUGCCUCUGUGGCCGACAACAAUUUUGUUGGACAGACGUGA